UAAAACCGCCCCCAUUGAAUUCGAAUCGCCUGUUACACCUCCAAUUUUCGCCGGAGACACUUCAUCAGACGGAGGAGCACGGCUGAGAGCGGCGGAAGCUGCAAAUCUCAUUUCCAAUGACCGCUAUACUCUGUACACUUCUUCUCCUCAUUUUCUCAAAAUCAUUCAUCGGAACUUUCAGUCUCGGGGUCGGAAUCAAUUACGGACAAAUUGCGAACAAUCUUCCAUCUCCUUCACGAGUCUCCAUCCUCCUCGGAUCUUUAAACAUCAGCAGAGUAAAACUAUACGAUGCUGACCCAAAUGUUCUAACAGCAUUCGCGAACACAAACAUCGAAUUCAUCAUAGGUUUAGGCAACGAAUAUCUUCAAAAAAUGCAAGAUCCACAACAAGCCCAAAUCUGGAUUCAACAAAAGGUACAACCCUACAUUUCACAAACCAAAAUCACAUGUAUCACAGUCGGAAACGAAGUCUUAGGAGGCCCAGAUCCUCAAUUACCAUCCUAUCUUCUCCCCGCCAUGAAAGCCAUGUAUCAAGCUUUAGUCAACUUAGGUCUAAGCUCUCAAGUCUACGUCACCACAGCUCAUUCUCUCCAAAUCUUGAAAACAUCAUUCCCCCCUUCAAAUGGCGCAUUUCGCGAUGAAUAUGUCCAAUACAUUCAACCGAUUUUAAGCUUCCAUGCACAGAGUAACUCGCCAUUUUUGAUCAAUGCGUAUCCUUACUUCGCUUACAAAAACGACCCUAAAAACGUUCCGAUUGAAUACUUGCUUUUUGAGCCGAAUUCUGGAACUGUAGAUCCGAAUACGAAUUUGAAAUAUGAUAACAUGUUGUAUGCUCAAAUCGAUGCGGUUUAUGCGGGGAUGAAAUCAUUGGGUCAUAGUGAUGUUCAAGUAAGGAUUUCUGAAACUGGGUGGCCUUCAAGAGGUGAUGACGAUGAACCAGGGGCAACAGUUGGAAAUGCGGGAAUUUAUAAUAGAAAUUUGUUGCAAAGAAUGCAAGAGGGACAAGGGACACCUGCCCACCCUUCACAAAAGAUUGAUAUUUACGUUUUUGCCCUUUUCAAUGAGAAUAUGAAACCCGGUCCAACUUCUGAGAGGAACUAUGGAUUGUAUUAUCCGGAUGGUACUCCGGUUUAUAAUCUUGGUGUUCAAGGGUAUCUUCCUAUAAUGGAUUAUUCGUCUUCCGGGGAAAAUGGGUUUUGUGUCUUUAGGUUGGUUGUUAUGUUCGUUGGAUUGGUGGUAGUAUUUGGUUGAAAGAUGGAUGGUUUCACUAACUUUACAUAGAAAGGUGAAAAUUCCAUAAAAGGGUUGUCAUAUAAAGGAGAAUGUAUGAUUGGAUAAUUUAUCACUUAUGUCAUCAUCUAACACUGAAGACGACCAAGAUCCACAAUGCGAAUGCUUUAGUGGUCGAUGUUACAAAAUAGUAAUUUACCAAAAUGUAUUUAGCAAUUUCUGUAAAAUACAUAGGAAAUUUAUCAAAAAUAUUUAUUAACAAUAAAAUUUACAUUUUUAAGGAAA